GGCAAUUUCCGGCUAUUGAACAAGACGCUGACGCACGGCACGACCAUCCGGCAAAUGGCGGUGCAGCGCAAGCCGAUGAUGGCUUUUGAAUAAUAAUGCCUCCGAACCUCGAGAAAUUACUGCAUUGGUAUCAUUCAGGGCUAGAGGCCGUCGCAAGGUAAGGUUAAGGGUCGGACAGCUGUGCGAUAAAGUUACGUCUUCAAACCCCCUCCUCUACUGCGAAGCUGCUAUUAAUCUUAAUUUUGAAUAUAGCAAAAAAUCAGUUGCAUUUUAGAUAAUAUUUUCACUACUUAGAAUUGUUAUCACAAGACUUAGAGGUGGAGAAAUAAUUAGGUUAAAAUACAGUAUAGGACGUUCCGCACAAGUGAUUCAUUUGGCUUCCCGUAGGAGCGUCUAGCCGCUUCUGCCUAAGGCACCGUCACAGCAAGGCGUUGAUGUUUCAUCCUUAGAACUCACAGUCUUGCAGAAGAUUGGACAUUCUUAGCUUUCAUGUGGUGAUAUGAGACUUGCUUCUUCUUUCUAGCGCCUGUAUACCUCGACUUCAUAGGGACAAUAAAACCACAUGAGGCCUUUAACAAUGGAGGCUAAAGCUCAGCUGAAUCCAGCAUAGAUUCAUCACUUACCAAAGAUGAUGCCUUGAAAGCCGCAAUUACCGCUGCUGAGCUGUACAUAAAAGCCACUGGUCUUGUCAGCAACGAUCGAGCUAAGACGAGACUCCAGGGAAAGUGUAAGGAAUUGCUUUCACGAGCCGAGCAGAUCAAGAAAACUGAAGGAUGGACUCCUGUCAAAAAUGAUACCUCUUUAACAGCUCCAGUGUCUCAGAGAGCUAUCUCGAGACGCGAAGAACUCAUCCUGCUCGAAGGCUCGAAGCUUCACGGCUUUAUAUUUCCGCCAUGGUCAAAUGAUCCUGACGAUUCGAUUUUCGAAGAAGGCUUUAAUGGCUCGCCAUACUACACUGAACCAGGGGAUCUUAAGUUGUCCAAAUGCCAGGUAGACAACUUUAGCGGGUGGAAACGACCAGAAGAAAUUUUCCCCAAGAGUGAUAAGUUGAUGAGUUCAACCACCGAGAUGGAUCUCGUACAAGACAUCACCACAGAUUGUUCUGUGGUAGCCAGUCUGUGUGCAGGUACAGCACGAGCAGUUAAAGGACAUGGAAAGCUGCUAGCCUCUAUCAUCUAUCCACAUGACAAACCUAGCAUGACUCCUCGUAUUUCCAAAAACGGAAAGUACAUAUUUCGACUUUUUUUCAAUGGUUGUCAUAGAAAGGUGGUCAUCGAUGACCGCUUGCCCGCUUCGAAUACUGCAAGAAGUCUUCAUGUGAUCGACCGGAACAAUCCCGAGCUACUAUGGCCUGCUCUGAUAGAAAAAGCUUAUCUAAAAGUACGAGGAGGAUAUGAUUUCCCAGGUUCUAAUUCUGGAACAGAUCUCUGGGUUUUAACGGGGUGGAUACCGGAACAAGUCUUUCUCCAGAGUGAUGAUCUCCAACCCGAGCAGCUUUGGGGACGAAUACAUAAAUCCUUUAACUACGGAGAUAUCCUGAUUACUCUCGGGACUGGCAAGCUGUCUCGUAAAGAAGAGAAGGCUCUUGGUCUAGCCGGUGAACACGAUUAUGCAAUUCUCGAUUUGAAGGAAGUUGGCUCUCAACGCUUGAUGCUCGUCAAGAAUCCCUGGUGUGAUGGGAUGGUCUGGAAAGGUUCUCAUUUCAACCCAACUGAUACUUCCAACCAAGCCUGGACGUCGGAUUUGAAGGAAGCUCUCCUAUCUGAGGAAUCUCCUUUAUCUCCCGGUACAUUCUGGAUGUCAUUCGAUGAUGUGUCCCAGCACUUCGAAUCAUUGUACCUUAACUGGAAUCCAGGACUUUUCAAACAUCGUCAAGACCAUCACUUUACAUGGACUGUUCCCACCAUCCAGAGCCCGGGAAGUUUUAUUCACAAUCCACAAUACGCCGUAAGUGCUAGCAGCUCAACAGCUGUCUGGAUCCUCCUCUCUCGUCAUUUUGCUACCGGAGAAGAGAACAUAGCUCGUAAUAAUAGCCAUUCAUCUCACACCCUCUCGUCCCCUUCUGGCUCUUCAGCCCUCGGCUUUAUUAGUCUCUACAUUUUUUCAGCCUCUGGUCAGCGAGUCUACCUCAGCGACGACGCUCUCUACCGCGGUGCUUUUGUCGACUCUCCCCAAACUCUUGCAACACUUGACGUUUUGCCUUCGACACCAUACACGGUCGUCGUCGCUCAACAUGGCCUCCCCCUUCCCAAGUACUCUUUCACACUCUCCUUCUUCUCGCGCUCACCACUCACAAUUGCUACGGCGCCUGAUUCCCUCCCGUACUAUACGACAAACACUGGAUCCUGGACAUCCCGCACUGCAGGCGGCAACGCCUCCGCAUCAACGUACCCUCUGAACCCACAAUUUAGCAUCCUCCUCCCCUCGACCUCACCAGUCACUCUCAUCCUUGAAACAGACCAGGAAGAGCUCGCUGUACACGUCAAGCUCGUCUGGGCAAACGGCAAUCGCGUCACAGCUGUAACAAGCAAGGACAUAGUGGGCGGAUCAGGAGACUACCGUCGCGGCUGUGCCUUAGCAUCUCUCCCCUCUGUUGCAGCGGGGAAGUAUACUAUCGUCUGCUCGACUUUUGAAGCUGGUCAAACCGGCAAUUUCACAUUACGAGUUGGCACACAAGUCCCAUGUACUGUUCUUCCUGUUGCGGCGGAAACUGCUGGACGACUUUCACUUCGACUUCCUGCUCUGAUUUUUCAGGAUGGGGUGGAUAGGAUGCUUGCUCCUAUUAUGCCCUCUCGUCUUACGAGGCUGAGGAUAAUAGCACGUGGCCCUACUACGACGACGAGUUCACGGUUUUCUCCGUCGCGGUCUCGUCCGCUUAUUAAGAUCUCUAUCGAGCUCGGGCAAGGGCCAAAUAAGCGCAUCAUUGACGUGAGUAACAAUAGAGAGUUCAGUGAUAGUCCGAUGGGAAUCCGUACUGCGGAUCUAGAUUUAAGUCCCGGCAUGGAGAGGCAGGGUGGACUGUGGGUCGUUGUUGAGAGGCUUGGCGGGAGGGGUGGAGUGGAUGAGGUAGAAGUUGAGGUUUUGAGUGACAGCAGCGUGAGUGUUGGGUUGUGGGGGACAGGCGAUGGUUGA